AUGCCCAAAGCCGCCAGGCGGAAACGGCAUCACAAGCCCCCUUUCGUCCCCUACGCUCGCGGAUUCAAGACCCCAACCCACAAACAGUCCGCCGCAGCCCUGGGCUCACCGCCUCCCGGCACCCGGGACUUCAUGCUUGGCGUCGGAUUCUUCACGGCCGUGCCGCGGCCGAUCUGCCCGAACGACUGGCUGGCGCAGUACAGCGAGGACGGCCAGAGCUACGCCGACUUUUUGGCCUCCUGCCCAUGGCUCUCCGGCCCACGGUGGAAGGUGCCCAGGAGCCAGCCGUUCGACCCCGCGGGCGCCGGGCUGCCCGGCAGGUACCCUGGCGCCGCCAUCUACCUGGCGGGGCUGGGCGACUUCUCCAAGCAAGCUGAGACAGUUGCGGUGAACCCGAGGAUGUCUGAGCUGAUGGACUUCGCCGGGGCGUUCUUCUGCGUGCCCAUGCGCGAGCUCACCGGCCUGCGACUGGACGUCGGCCGGGGCAAGGCCGCAUUGAUCCCCGCUCCGGGAUCGAGGAUCAGGGUUCAGGAGAUUCGGUGCCGAUUUCACCGCGGCUCGGGGCGCACGCAGCUGCACGCGCCCUCCCUGCUCAAGGCGCUCGUGCGCGCACUCCCCCACGACGCCAUCUGCCUGAUGGCGCUCACCACCCACGAUCUUUUUGACGGGGAAGGGGACCUGUUCGUGGCGGGGAUGGCCGCCGGGGCUUCGCGGGUGGGCACCUUUAGCCUCGCCCGCUACGAUCCUGCGGUGUCCUUCUCGCCGGAGCACUGGCACGGCGUGACGCUGGACGCCUCGGCACCGGCGGAGGCCCGGCGGGAGACGAUCCUGCGGCGGGCGUGCAAGCUGAUGGCGCACGAGGUGGGCCACCUCUUGGGGCUGGAGCACUGUGUGUGGCACGCGUGCCUGAUGAAUGGCUCGGGACAUUUGGAAGAGGACGACAGGCAGCCUAUGGCUCUGUGCCCUGUUGACCUGCGCAAGCUGCAGGCUCUUGGUGGCUUCGACGUGCCAGGCCGAUACAAGCGGCUGUUGGCGGUGAUGAAGAAUCUAGGCAUGAGGGCAGAGGCAUCUUGGGUGGGCAGACGACUUGAGUUCCUAGAAGGUUGA